UUCUCCGAUCAUAGUCUAACCAGAGAUUUCAAUUUAAUUAAAAUCCAAUUAUCUCAAGAGAUUAUUUUGAGGCAGUUAUCAUUCUCAAGAGAUUAAUCACUAGAAGGAAUGUAGAAUAUAACAUUAUUCAAAAGAAAAAAAAGAUUGCAUGACAUAGUCCUCCCUACUAAUGUUGUGAGCAUAACACAACAAGAAACGGCGCGUGAACUCAAAGAAAAUCCUAUAUAUUAAGGAAAGAGGACAUAUGUCCUAACCAAACCAAGCUGAUUUCCUUGGACCAACCAAACUCUCAACCGCUUGGACGGACAACCUUACCUUCUUUGUCUCAUUUUCUUGUCAAAACCUUCUUACUUUGCUUUCUUUCUUCAUUCACUCACCUUUUUUUGUGUAACGUUAUGAUCAUGGCCAAAUGAUUCAUUAGGAUUGGUUUUUGUAAGUUGUUGAUAAAGAAAACUAGUUAACAUGGGUUCUUCUUCAAAAGUUGGAAAUAGUAACUAUGAUUACUCUUUUAAGGUUUUGUUGAUUGGUGAUUCUGGUGUUGGCAAGAGUAGUCUUCUUCUCAGCUUUAUCUCUAAUGCUAACUCACUUGAUGACCUUUCUCCCACUAUUGGAGUAGAUUUCAAAAUCAAGCUUUUUACAAUUGGUGAUAAAAGAUUGAAGCUUACUAUUUGGGACACAGCUGGACAAGAGAGGUUUGGAACAGUGAUAUGUUCUUAUUACAGAGGCGCACAUGGAAUCGUUCUUGUGUAUGAUGUAACACGGCGUGAGACAUUUACAAACCUGGUGGGCACAUGGGCAAAAGAAGUUGGACUUUACUCCACUAAUCAUGAUUGUAUCAAAAUUCUUGUUGGCAAUAAGGUGGAUAAGGAGAGUGAAAGAGCUGUAAGUAAAGAAGAGGGUAUGGCUCUUGCAAAGGAACAUAGAUGCUUGUUCCUAGAGUGUAGUGCCAAAACCAAAGAAAAUGUUCAGCAAUGCUUUAAAGAUCUCACAUUAAAGAUAUUAGAGGUACCAAGUUUGCGCGAAAAAGGGUCCGUAGAAGUGAAGAGACAAAAGCAAAAGCGCUUUUACGAGACAUCCCAAAGAGGUGGUUGCUGUUCUUAGUUUGCUGCAACAUGAAUGCGCAAAUGUUUUUAACAAAACAAAUACCACAGUUACUAGCUGGCCUUUGUAAUCAUAUAAAGUUUCACAAAUCACAUAGUUGGGAUUUUGAAUGCUUGAGAUUGAUAUUGUUCUCACAAUAUCUCCUAGAGCCAUAUAAUUUAGUAUUUAGGUGAUACGAAAUCUCUUUCAUAUUUUGCACUUUUUAUUAAUUCUGUUAUAGUUUUGGAAACACCAACAAUACUGUACAUCAUAUGUAAAUAUGUCUCCAGUUUGAAUGUGUUAGGAUCGUUAUUUGACCAAAAAAAUAAAAAAAUGUCUCCCCUUAUAA